UAGAACUGCCCCCACAGGGUUUCCAAGGAGCGGCUGGUGGAUUUGAGCUGCCAGCCUUUUGGUUAGCAGCCGUAGCACUUAACCACUACACUGCCAGGGUUUCUGGACUUGAUAUUAGUACCCUUUAAAAGUGUGACUGCCUAGAGCUGAAUACAGAACUUCAAUAUGGUGUAAAACCAGUGCAGAGUAAAAUGGGACUGGUAGGUAGGCUCAUUGCUCUGGACAUCUGCUUCCAGCAAGAGUUUAGAAUUAUUUGAGCAUUUUUGGUGUCCCUAUUACACUGUCGACUUCUUUUGACUAAAACCCCCAGAUCUUUUAUAUUUUAACUGUUUUUAAGCACCUCUUCCUAUUGUGUUUUUUGUGCAUUUGGCUUUGAAAAUAUUCAGGAUUUAACUUUUAGUCAUUACAUGUAAUUUGCUUAGUUUCACUAAAUCAGUAUCUAUUUCAGUCUUAAUUCUGUUGUUCAGUGGAUAUUUUUCAUUCCUUCCAAUUUUGGUCAUCCACAGAUUGGGCAGGCAUGCAAUCUUUUCUUCAGGUCAUCAAUAAAAAUGUUAAACAACCCAUCUCGGUGCUAUUUAUCUUCUUCCUCUGCCUCUCCAUUUUAGUCAUGCUAGCCUUUUUUAUUGUUAUUACCUUAAAGGCACCAUAUCCUUCCUAUCUCAGGGACUUUCUAUAACUUCUGCCUGGAAUGUCCUCCCUGCAGUGUGACCCCACUCCUCUUCUCUGGCUAACUCUGACUGUCCUGAUCUCAAAUCAAAUGUUGCCCAGGGACUUUUUCCCUGACAGAAGACUAAGUCAAGUCCCCCUUUAUAGGUUUUCAUAGCAUCCUGUACUUGUUUGGCUUAGCACUUCUCAUUUUGUUAUUACAUAUUUCUGUGUGAUUACUCUCUCAUCCCCACUGUAUCACAUGCUCCAUGGGGGCAAGAGCCAUGUUUCUCUGGCUCACUGUUGUAUCCCCAGAACAGCACAGCACCAGGAGCAUGGUACUUGUUGAAUUUAAUUUUUUUUAAAAGUCCGUGUAACACAAUGGUUCCCUAACACCAGUCUGCAUCCUAACAGUUUUAACAAAUUUUGGAUUAGAAGAAGAAAAAUAAGGACACUGUAUACAUCAGUGUGAAGUUACUGCCUUCCUUGGGAAGGACUAUUUUUCUACCAUUAUAUCCUACAUUUUAGGUUAUGAAUAGCUCUUUUUAAAAUGAAAUAAUGGUUUUGUUAAAUUUAGGUUUUGUUUUGUUUUUGGAAACCAUCCUUACUUAGAAUAAAAAGAAAUGUGCAACAUCAUGUUGCUUUGAGAUUUUUCUAGUCUGUGAAAUCCAGAAAUCUGAUGUUGAAUACCACAGAGACCUCCUCCAGGAAACUAUGUGAAUGAAGCAACAUCCUUUCUGGAUUUUGCAAGACAUCACGUCAUCAUGGGACAGCAAAUUUCCGAUCAAACACAACUGGUUAUUGGCAAGUUGCCAGAAAAAGUAGCAAGACAUGUCACAUUGGUUCGAGAAAGUGGCUCCUUAACUUACGAAGAAUUUCUUGGGAGAGUAGCUGAACUUAAUGAUGUAACUGCUGAAGUGGCUGCUGGCCAGGAAAAACAUCUUCUCUUUGAAGUACAACCUGGGUCUGAUUCCUCUGCCUUGUGGAAAGUAGUUGUACGGGUGGUCUGUACCAAGGUGAGAUUGAUAGAGACUUACAACUCUGGUGGCCUGGCAGCCAGUAUAGUCCUAAGGGUGAAACAGCUGACUGACGAGGAGGAGUGCUGUAUCUGUAUGGAUGGUCGAGCUGACCUCAUUCUGCCUUGUGCUCACAGCUUUUGUCAGAAGUGCAUUGAUAAAUGGAGUGAUCGGCACAGGAAUUGCCCUAUCUGUCGCCUACAGAUGACUGGUGCAAAUGAAUCUUGGGUGGUGUCAGAUGCACCCACUGAAGAUGACAUGGCUAACUAUAUUCUUAACUUGGCUGACGAGGCAGGCCAGCCCCAUCGGCCGUGACCUUGGGAUGAAGAUCUUCUGUUGCUACUGUGGGCUAUAAACACUUUGGUCAUUGGUCAUGGGGGAAGAAUGCAGGAAUGUUGUGGCACAGACACAGGAAAACUAUUUUUCCCACCCUCUUAUUUUUGCUAUUCUGACAAAUUGUCCCGUUUCUUUUGAUAAACUUUCCAUGUCUUCCAUUUGUGGUAAACUAAAAUUUGCUACUGUCUUAGACCAUAUUGUUUUUUAUCUGUUCUAAUGUGUAUUAGAAUUCAUUGCUGUAUGAAUGCUUCGCUAAGGUAACAUCAGCAUUUCCAGAAGCUUCUGAAACACUACUAUUUUCCAGGGCAGGAGUGUUCUGGAAUAUUUUUAGUUAGGUUUAAAAUAAACCUUGAAUAUUAAAAAGACGUAGCCAUCUGAGAGAAAAAUUUAAAUGACUAAAAAUGUAGAAUACGUCAAAGUGCAUAUUACUACUUAGAACUAGUCUUUGUGCUGGACUUUAAGGAGUCUGUAUGCCCCCUUGUGGUUAAUUAUUGCUCCUAUAAUAUUUUUACUUGAAAUUAUCAACAAUUAUUUUGUAACUUUAGCAAUGAAUCUACAUAUUUUUAACUAAAAGUUUUUGGGUUUUUUUUGCCAUGCUGUCUAAUUUGAGUGACUAAUAUAAAGUUGGGCGUGACCUUGCCUUGUGAAUGGAUUUCUGCUUGGGAAUCUUCUUGGCUAUUCUGGAAAUGCUUUCCUACAGCUGGGAAACUAUUUUAAAUGGCUUUUGAUAAUGUUCACACUUACAGAGUUUCAGAAGGAAAUUUUUCUUCAUCACAGAUCCCAAAUUUUCUAUUUCCAAAUUAUGAUAAAUCAUUCAAUAUUAGUUCAUGGUGCUUUUUUUUUUCUUAAUUUGAAGGCAUCUUUCUGAGGUUCAUAUUUCUUAGAUUAAGAAAGAAGAAAACAAGAUAGAAAUUUUUCACCAUAUAUACAUAAAGCACUUCUGAAAGGAGAUAAUUUGGCUUUCUUACUGUUUCAUUGUACUUCCUUUGAAAUACUCUGAAAGAGUAUAGUAAUAAUGGAAUUAUGUCUCCAGUAGCAUCUCAACCAUUUUUUAAAAAUGUUGCUGAUAAAAUUUUUGCUUAGCAAAAUUUUUGUUUUAUAUUAAACAUUAACAUUUUAGCAUAUAAUAAAACUGACGUCUUUAAAAAGCAUUUUAACAUUCCAGGGAAAUUUUCUGAUCUAUAAUUGGUAAGUUGCAAAUAUUACUAUUUUUCUAAGUACUAAGGUAUACGAUUUUAAGUUGCUGUUUAUUAAGGACAGAAUUUUUGGAUCCUAGGAUUUUAAUAGGCAUACAAAUUAUAUAAUCUAGGACAAAUGUCUGAUGGAGAGUAGCUUCAUUUUGCUCACAGAAUACUGAUGACCUAAUCUGUUGACAUUCAUAAUGGGGGUAGUUAAGUACCAAAUGGCUAAAUACUCAUUAUAGAUGUUUAUGGAAGCAGAGUACUGGGGGCUCUAUCACUCUCACCUGGUAAUAUGUGACCUUAGAAAGGCCCUUCCUCUUGUUUUUAGGUUCCUAUGCGGUUUUCAUACGUUAUUUCAGCAGUGGAACCUUUAUUUUUCCCCAAGUAAAAUCUUACACAGAACCCGUACAUACAUACAUAUACACACACACACACACCCUACCCCACUAUAUAAAAGUCCUAUUUUAUUAAUAUAAGUUUCCUUAUACAUUAUACAAACUCUACA